UCUAGAGUUCAUAUACUUUCUUUUUGUAUAUUUUAAUCUCAUUAGGGGGAAAAUCAGGAAGAUAUCAAGAAGGGAAGGAGGGGGAAAAAACCUAUCUGUUUCAUCAUCCAACAAAAUCUUCUCCAGUAUUUCCUGCUGCAUUCCCAUUUUUGCCUCUUUUAAGAAUAACCCACACCUCAUUUUUCUCUCUCUCUAUCAGUUACUAUAAAUAUCUCUCAAUCCUGUUUUAUUCAUUCUUCUUAUUAUUAUUCUAAGUCCUCACAAUUCCAAUCACAACAUUGCUGCCUUACUGCUGCCCUUCUUUCACAAGUCUGUGUACUUUCUUGCGAUUUGUUAGUUGAUAUUACUUUGAUAUAGAAUUCUUUUUUUAGAUUUAGGUAUUUUUGCUGUGUAAUGGAAAAAAAAAACCCUUAUUAAUAUCAUGUUAUUUGUUGUAACUCAUAUUGGUGAUUGUUAUCUAUUGGUUAGUCCUGUUAGAUUGCAACUACCCAUAUUUUGCAAACAAGCACUUAUUUUGGAUUUUGAAAUUACUAGGUGAAGUGCUCAUCGUUGGGGCUUCUACGGUUCUUAAUUAGCCUUUUCGCCAUUGUUUUCCGAUAUAAAAUGCUCGCUAAUUUUGUUAUUGCGUAUAUUGUUCGCCGCACCAAAUUACUCUUAAAUCCGUUGUAGCAUGCAUUUGGUCUUAAAUGUGGUAUGAUCAAUUGUUACUGCUUCUAUGUCAAAAAAUUCAGGACAUAGUUACUUCUUAUGAUUUUCUUGACUAAAUUGAGAUGUUGAAAUGGGAAUCAAAGUUAUCAUUUGGUCAUUUACUCUAGGGUAUUCAAGGGUCUGCUACAUUACAUUACACACACAGACACCGAUUCUUCUUGUUUGAUUCUCUAUUUUAAGCUCAUUUUUUAUUGGCUAUCUUAUGGAGCUAGUGCAAUAUAAUGCUGAGUACAUUAGUUUGCGUUUAAACUCGUUACCAAAAUCAGUACUUUUCAUGAGAUCUGAGGAGGCAGAAUACCAACUGGGUAAGAUAAUUUCUUUAUUCCACUGUUUGAAGCUAAUUUUUCAUCUAUAAGCGUGAGGUUAGCUUUAGCUGAAUACUGCUCAUGAGUACUUACUAAUGAAGUUCAGGAUCAUAAAAUGUAUGACGCUAGGACAUUUGUUAGUUUGUCUCCAAAACAAUCCUAUCCAAUUUACUCCAGAGCGUGCAACUCUUUUAUCUACCUCAUUGAUUACCAUUCAUUUUCAAAUCAAUGUAAUAACAUUUGUGUUUCUCUCAAGGUAUUGAGCAACAAAGGACACUUUGUUUCAGUGGGUAGCAAAUCUCGUCACAAUGGCUGAUGAAACUUGUCAAGAUGCAAUGCAUGAAGCAAAUCCUUAUCAGCCUUUAGGACGCUGUUCAAUUCUUUCCUAUGGUGCUGGCCACAUGCUAAAUGACAUAACAUCAGCUUGUUGGUUCACUUAUUUGUUGUUAUUCCUCACUGAUAUAGGACUCAGUCCCAGGGAUGCAGCUAUUGUCAUGCUUUCUGGUCAGAUUGCAGAUGCAUUGAUGACAGUAUUUGCUGGGGAGCUGAUUGACAGAUUCGGGAAAUUCAAAUUAUGGCAUGUAGGCGGAUCAGUUCUUGUUGCCAUUUCAUUUUCAUCUGUCUUUGGUGGCUGCGUGCUGUGUGAAAUAUUGGGCACUGACUCAUCCAUGAUGCAAACAAUUGGAUACAGCAUAUUUGCUGGAAUCUUCAAUGCGGGUUGGGCUGCUACCCAAGUCUCCCAUAUGUCAAUGGUUAAUUGCAUGACAUUAAAUUCAACAAGCAGAGUUGCACUUGCAAGUUGUCGUAAUGCCUUCACAAUGGUAGCAAACUUGAGCCUGUUUGCAGUUGCUUUAGCUGUGUUCAGCUUAUAUGAUGUCAAAACUUCAUUAGAUAUUGAAAAUCAGUACCGAUGGAUAGCGUACAUUUCAAUUUUCAUGGGAUGUUGUUUUGUUGGUAUGUUUCUCUUUGGAACGAACGAACCAAAAUUGAAGCAGCAGAUUCAGUGUAAAAAUCCUCUUAGGAUUUCAUGGGCACACUGGUUUAAGAAGGCGUUGUACUAUCAAGUUGCUUGUGUUUAUAUGCUCACCAGGCUGAUAACAAAUGUUUCACAGUCACUUCUUGCGUUCUACGUCAUCAAUGAUUUGGAAAUGACUCAAUCUUCCAAGGCGCUGGUGCCUGCAAUAAUAUACAUUUGCAGCUUCGUGGUAUCCAUUGCUCUGCAGGAAAUUAAAUGGACUAGCUGGCGCCUGAAGGCUUUCUUCUCAGCAGGCGCUGUCCUGUGGAUGCUCUCUGGAGCGGGAAUCUUUGUUCUUCCAAGCACUAUGCAUAAUUUUAUGUAUCUUUUAUCAAUAAUCGUCGGUAUUUCUAAUGCUUUAAUGAUGGUGACUGUUGUUGGUAUGGAGAGCUCACUGGUUGGUGAAGAUUUGAAUGGUUGUGCGUUCGUAUAUGGUUCGUUGAGUUUCUUGGACAAAUUUUCAUGUGGGAUUGCUCUGUAUGCUUUGGAGUCAUAUCAAGAUUCAUCAGAUAUCACAGGUUGCCAUGACAUUCGAGGUUGCCAUUCUGUCAUCAGGUACGGUUCAGGGCUCAUCCCUGCAAUUUGUGCUCUCCUUUCUCUCGCAGUGACAUGUUCAAUGAAGCUCUCUGAGUAUGAUUCCAAGUCACUAAACACGCCUCUUCUAGCUUAGUACCAACAAUGUCAUGAGGGAGUUUUCAUCAUUCAAUUAGAUUUAAAUUGUGAAAAGCCGAGAUUUGCUAAUAAACGGAGUUCUCGCAUUCAAUUAGAUUUGAAUGUGGAAACUCAAGAUUACCAUCAGUUCGACGUCUCAAGUGUGUAAUUUAUGAAAACGAGUCUUCGAUUUCUUUGUUAUUUUUAUAUUCUUUGGUUCUUUUGAA